GUGAAUAUUCUAUCCCCAUCCCUAUUCUCACUUCAUGGUGAAGCCGACAGCGAUAUAGAGAAGAACACAUCACUAAAGCAUCUACUGGAUGGUACUGGACUACUGAACGAUCGCGAUCGACAGGAGUGGAUGGACUUUAUCAUUGAAACGGCUGGUAUUGCUGAUGCAAUGGAUAUGGUCAAGGUACAUUAA